CCUUUUCUUUCAUCUCGCGAGUAUUUACACAAGACAUGUCGCUGGUUGUAUAUAGUAACCGCUCCAAAUAGACGCCAUUAUCAAAAAACACGGGGACUAGCAGAAGAUGGGUUGAUUCAUCUCGGCAUCAUGGCGCCCUAAUUGGAUUAACUGAGGAAUAUAUUCUGCUAAGUCAACUAGAGAGAGAUCUCUUCUCCAUGUAGAAGUUCCUAACAUGUCAGCAAGUGAGUUCUCCGAGGGCUUUCGGCGAUCCUCAAAUCCGCGACGAGUCCUUCGGGAGGCCUGGAGCCCGACAUUGGACCAACAGCCCUCCACCCAGAACACCUACAACGACAACGGCCGUGCGCCCCAGCAGUCGCCCCGUCACUCACCCCGGCGUUCGUUCCAGCACAACACCCGGGUCCACCCCAUCAAUGAUAGGAGUAAUUAUGGAGCCCUCGAAGCAGGGAGCGGGGCAGGGGGAGGAGCAGGAGCCGGUGGUGGAGCUGGAGGGAGUACUGUGUUCAUGAUCGCUACCAUAGCUGUUUUAUCUACCCUCAUUAUCGUCGGUGCCGCACUAGCCGUUGUUUAUUUCGCAACAGACAUCCAAUUUGGUAGCUCGUCAUCCGAGGCCACCACUGCGGCAUCGAUAGCAACCACACCGACAACAGCUGUCAUAUCGACCAAUGCUCCUACCACAAUUGCAGUUGCCACUAUCCAACAUGCAAGCUCUGCAGCAUCUACAAUCACAAAGGCUACUGCAGCCUUCACGUCGACUGUACCUACCACGGCCGGAGCUGCUACCACACAACCUGGCAGCUCUGCAGCAACUUCCACAUUGACUAAUGCACUAACCACGGCCGGGAUUGCUACCACACAGCAUGGCAGCUCUGCAACAACUUCCACAUUGACUAAUGCACUAACUACGGCCGGAGUUGCUACUACACAAUCUGCCAGCUCUGCGGCAACUUUCGCUACCAAGGCUGCAACCUCCAUGUCAACUAAUGCACCGACCACAACCACAGCUGCAAGUACCACCACACAGUCUGUCAGCGCCACAACGAAUCCUUCCACCCAGGCUACAACAGUAGACAUCACUACAACGCAAGAACCAUCAACCACUGAUACCGCCACGACUCCUUCCACCCAGACUCCAACGGUCGACAUCACUACAACGCAAGAACUAUCCACCACCGAUACCGUCACCACUCCUUCCACCCGGACUCCAACAGUCGACAUCACUACGACGCAAGAGCCAUCAACCACCGAUACCGCCACGACUCCUUCCACCCAGACUACAACAGUCGACAUCACUACAACGCAAGAACCAUCAACCACCGAUACCGCCACGACCACAGCAUCUUCUCCUGUUGCUACCACAAACGAAGAAGUCACUACGGAGGAGGAGGAUGAGUUCACGUUUGUCAUGACGACCGUUGAUUCCUCUGGCUUGACCACGAGUGACUCUUCGGAUCAGACCGGACCUACCGCAGAUACUCACACAGGGGUGACGAAUACAGAGGUAACGACCGAAGAGUUGACUGCCACCCCUGCAGAUGCAGCAACGGUCGAUUCCUUAGUAAAACACCAUCACUGAAAGUGACCUUGUGACUUAACGCUGCCCAAGAGAGGUAAUUGAUGCUUGACGUAGGAUUGCGUCAGCAACUGACCUCUGACGCACUAUGUGAGGACGAUAUCGUAAGAAAAGGUGAUUGGAUAAUGGACAGUCCAAACAUUACUUUAAAUUAACACUCCCGUAGGGGCUAAUAAUGAGCUUCACAGGUUUGAUUAGCGCACGCAAUGACGCAAUCGUAAUAACGCCUCGUGUGCAAUGGACAUACAUAAGGUUAUCUCACAUACAAACAAGAUUGGAAAACAAAUGUACGAGCCUUACUUUGAAUUAUUCCUGGAUGGGCUAAUGACCUUUCACAGAUUUGAUAAGCGGUGUUGAAGGAAUUUGAAAUAGGACUAGAUGCAGAAUUUUAAAGGUGUAAAUUGUAAAUAUGACUGGUUAUGAAAUUAUUGAUAUCUAAAUCACAAUAUCAUCGUCGGUCUCGCAGCUGAAGACGAAUAAACACGGUUACCAGUCGUUCGACUGGUAUGACACCACUACCAACCACAUCAUACCGAGAGGGUGUUUCGCAAAGACUAAGAUUGACUUUAAGUUAGACUUAACUAUUACAGGCUGUUCAUGCCACUG